CACAAUAUAUAAAAAGCAACCAAAGAACACAUUUUUCCUUUCUCUCUCUCAAUUCUUCUCUGUCUCUCUUUUUUCUCUUUAAUUAAAUCUGUCUGUUUGUGUGAGAGAUGGUGGUGGUUUGGGUUUUCCUUUUGAAGGAGCACUUAGGAUUAGGAGAUGAUUUUAUUAGGCCAAUAAUGAGCAACAAAAUGCAACAACACCAUUAUUAUUAUUGCUCAAAACAAGAUCAAGAAGCUCUUCUUAGGCUUUUCUACAAUCUCUCCUCCUCCUUCUUCCUUGUCUUCUUCUUCAUCUCCUUCUCUUCCAUUUUGCUUUUCAAAUUCUUCAACUUCCUUGGCACCCCUUUAUUCCCAAGAAACGAAUAUGAAUAUGAAUACAACAUGUCAUCCGAGGAAGAAGAAGAAGAGGAGGAAGAAGAAGGAUAUGAUGAGGGGGAAACGGUGUCGUUUCUUAAUGAAGAAGCUGAAACUCGGAUGAGUCGGUGGCAGAGUCAGCUUCCAGAUGAAGAAUCAUUAUUAUUCACAGAUUUGGAGGAGCCUUGGGCCAUGGGGCCCUCAGAGCCAGAUGGCCAAAUCACAACCAAUAACAGCUCAGUUUACGAGUCCCCAAGAACUUCAAAAUCCGAUGAUGAUGAAGAUCAACAUCAACAAGUAAUAAUCACUGAUGAUGAUCAGCACAUUAUCAAGCAGCUGAAGCUCAAUUCUAGAAUAUCAUUGGAGCUGAAGAAGAGCAAGAGAUUGWUGGUGGAAGAAGAAGAGAAGAAGAAGAAUAAUAUUUGUGAGAAUGAGAAUGGGAAUAGUAAUAACAAGUAUUUGGUUUUUGCAGCAACUAAGAUGGUUGAAAAAGAAGAAGAGAUUUUUGGUGAUUCUUGCACUGUUGGCUCAACUUCCAAGAGUUCUUCAGAGUGGAGAAGCUCCAUUAGAGAUUCUGGAACUGAAGACCCAUUUUCUUCUUCUUCAAGAAGGAGCUGCCCCAAGUGGGAAUCCUACACUGUUUUCCAGAAGUAUGAYGAAGAAAUGAUGUUUCUUGAUAGAAUCACUGCCCAAAAGCUUCAUGAAACAGAAUCUCUAAGGUCRAUCCAAAUGUGCCCAAGAUCAAUAUCAGAGAGGAUAGUUCACAAAUUGGGGAGCAUAAACAAGAAGGGUGGUUCAGAUCAUCAUGGGAGGCAAAACCCAUACCAUGAACUGGAGGCAGCGUAUGUAGCACAAAUUUGCCUCACUUGGGAGGCUCUAAAUUGGAACUACAACAAUUUUGUGAACAAGAAAAUGGGUUCUUCGAUUAAGACUAGAGGAUUGGACAGUGGAUGUCCAGGAAAAGUGGCUCAGCAGUUCCAGCAGUUUCAAGUUCUUCUUCAGCGUUAUGUUGAGAAUGAGCCUUAUGAGCAUGGGCGACGCCCUGAGAUUUAUGCCCGUAUGAGACUCUUGGCUCCUAAUUUGCUCCAAGUUCCUGAAUAUAUAGAUUCAGAAGAUGAACAAAAGGAGGAAGGAGGUGGGUAUGGUUCAAGAAUAUCCUCACCAUCUUUUCUAAUGAUAAUGGAAGAUGGAAUACGAACCUACAUGAAUUUCCUCAAGGCAGAUAAAGAGAACCCAUGUCAUAUCGUAGCUUCAUUCUUCAAGAGAAAAAAGAAAGGUUGUGUAGAUCCAACUCUCCUCCAACUCAUGAAGAAAGUUAACCAAAAGAAGAGGAUAAAGCUUAAAGAGCUUCGUCGUGCUGGAAAGUGCCUGAGGAAAAGAAGGCUGACAGUGGAGGAAGAAAUGGAGAUUCUAAUGGCUCUGAUAGACCUAAAAGUGGUUUCUAGGGUUUUGAGAAUGGCGGAUUUAAGCGAACAACAACUCCAUUGGUGCGAGGCGAAGAUGAGCAAAAUCAGAAUUUUAGAUGGGAAACUUCAUAGAGAUUCCUCACCUCUUUUCUUCCCAGCUCACUGAUCCAAAUCAAAAGACCCCACCAAAAAAAGUUGAUAUUUUGUUGCUUGAUGAGUCAGCCAUGGAGGAAAGUGAAUAUCCCUGAACAAACCCUUUUUGUAAAUACUCCAUUAAAGUGGAAAAACUUAGGCCCUGCAAACGGGAAAAGAAAAUUAAAGCACAUGGGGAAAAAUUUUGUAUUUAGGAGAGAUGGGAGAUUGGUGGGUUGGAUCAGGAUGAUCAUAWAUGAGAAGCAUGGGGAGAUGGAAAGAGGUAAAAAAAGCAAGAAAAAAAAAGGCAGCAAAAACAAGUGAUUCAGAAAGAAGAUGGGGACAAAUUGAAAACAUCACAAGGAUAGCUUUAGUUUAUUUUUUGCUUUUUAACUUUAGCUUUUGAAUUAGGGUUUAUUUCUAAUCAAAAGAAGAGAAGAAUGGGAAGAUCAAUUUAGUGGAUGUAGUUUUGGAAUAAAAGUAGAAGGGGUAUGUAUGGCUAGAAUAGAGAUUAAUAAUUUGUUCUUUCUACUUUAGGGUUUUAGAAAAGGGAAGGGAAUAAAAAAAUGUGGCCAAGUUCAAUAAGGGAUUGAUAUCUACUCAAUCUAUGUUAUGUUUUUAUUUAUUUAUUUAUUUAAUUUGUUUGGGUUAUCAUAUCA